AUGCCACUUUUUGGCUGGAUGAAAUGGUCAAAAACUGAUUCCUACAAAUCCACAAGAUGUCCUGGAUCAGAAGUAGUUACAAAAACCCUGCUGAGGGAGUUGAAAUGGCACCUGAAAGAGCGUGAAAGAUUAGUGCAAGAGAUUGAAAAUGAACAAAAAGUCCAGAAAACUGGCAUGGAUUACAACUGGCUCAAGAACUACCAAAAUCCUCAAGCAACAAUUCCAGCUACUGAGCAACGGCAGCUUGAAGUUCUGUGCUCUCAAAUCCAGCCUUGCCAAACAGGAACUGUUCUCAGCAGAUUUCGGGAAGUUUUGGCAGAAAAUGAUGUUUUACCGUGGGAAAUAGUCUACAUAUUCAAGCAAGUUUUAAAAGAUUUUCUUACCACCAUUGAGAGAGAAAACCAAGCAGAGCAGCUGGUAGAUGCAUGGAAUACAAAUUGCCCUGAACAUUUUAGUCCUUGUGGUGACAGCUCCAACAAGUCGGACAAAGAUGAAAUCCCCACGGUUUCAAGUUAUGUCGACAAAAACACACAAAGCAUGUUUCCCACCUUCUCUCACAGAAUCUGGAAUCUACCCUAUUACUACCCAUCAAGUUAAGUUGGUUUGUGUUGCUUUCAAAAAGUUAU